ACAUCUUGAGGAGAAGACUCAGCCACACCAGAUGCUCACGUGGCGAGGGACCCGCUCAAUCCUCACCAGCAAACAUGGCUCGUGUGGCCGUGAUUUUCUUUUUGUCGUGUUUGUCGUUUGGAACUUCCCAAGACACGACUUCCGUAAUGAACUUUGAGAAGUUUUUCCGAAUGGAAGAGGAACUUCUGACUCUAUCGGAUUUGAUCGUGAAGCAAGAGUUACGAAGUCAUGAUGAAGACGUUCAUCAAUUUGCUAAUAUAACUAGUGUUCUAGAAGACGUUAAAGCAAUACACAGGGACAUUGGUCGAAAUGUAGCAGGCUACAUCAGCCACCCCAUCAACCAGUUCCACUUAACCAGGAGACUUUACCAUCAGUGGCGGGAGGUCUUACAACGUAUUCUAAAUAGUGAUACCUGUGUCAAAGCUCUGAAAGUCAAAUUACAAAACAUAGAGGACAAUGUCCCAGAUAAGAACGUGUUCAGCACGAUAGCAAGCACGAUAUCUGCACUGCAGCUGUAUAAAGGGCUCACUGUGGAACAAAUAAUGCGGGGCGAUAUAACAGAAGUGGAGCCCUUACAGAAACUCACCCUGGCGGACGCCUUCGCCAUUGCACAAACAGCUUAUGAGAAAGACGAUAUGUUUUACGCGAUUGAAUGGUUGAAAUAUAUCAUAGAGGAAGUAAAAACACACCGUAUAUCAGACAUAGAUGACAAGGUAUCAUCCUCGGCGAUUUUCCACAUGUUGUCUAAUGCUUAUUUUCGGGCUGGUCUUGUCAAAGAAGCCCAAACAGUGUUAGCAGACUUACUAAGACUUGAUCCCAAGAAUGUAGCCGCCAAAAGAAACCUGGAAUAUUUGGAGAACAGCAAAGCAUCGGGCAAACUCUCUGACCUUAAACCUAAAUCACCAUCAAAGAAAAGCAGACGAUUGUACGAGGAACUAUGUGGGUCGCCAGAGAAAAGAAUUAUUUCAAAGUCGUCCAAACUGAGGUGUCUAUACUUCCCAUUAAGGAAUGGCAUUCCUUAUAUGAAGUCCGACAUCAAAGCGGAAGUGGUAAAUGGGCGCCCUCUAAUAAUUGAGAUGUAUGAUAUGUUCGACAAUGGAACUGCCAUGGCCAUCUCCUACAUGGGAUACAAAAAAUUGAUGGAAUCAUCCACAGUCAGAAGAUACUCUGAAGUUAGACAUAACGCUGCUGUUUACGACACGACUAACUGGAAAUGGAUCCCUAACCUACAGGCCAAGCUUUCAGAACCGAAACUCAGCCACUUUACUCGUCUGUUCUUCUCUUUAAGAACUUUCAAUAUUGGAACAGAAGGGCAACUAAGAAACCCAGAAAUUGGGGGCCAGAGUGCUGUCGUCGGGAAUUUUUACGCAUUUUUUACGGACCCUACGGUAGGUGGUGAGCUAGUGUUCCCCAUGUCCAGGAUCAAGAUACCAGUAACUAAGGGUAACGUUGUGUUUGCCGAAAUCAAGGCUCAAGUUGGGAUCUGUCCCGUGUAUUACGGAUCUCAGUGGUAUGGAAGUCAAACAUUGUUUGAGAAAAUCCCUCCAAACCAGUGUCCACAAAAACAGAGAAUUCCGAGGUUUUACUAACAGAUUUGCAGACAUCAAAAAGGAAAAAGAGAAAAAUUAGUCCAGUUUAUUAACAUUUUGCGUAGACUUGUGCGCACUUGGUCUAGUUCAGUACAAAAUAUAUCAAUAACUUCUUAAACAUAUAUGUAAAAUGUAUAUGUAUAAUUAUAAAUAUAUAAAAUGAGAGUAUACAAUUUAAAACAGUUGCUGAAUUAGCACGUUAGACAUGCGCUUCAUCGAAUCAAAGUACUGAAA